AUGGCGAUCCAACAGGUGGAUAGCAGGGGGCGAGAGGCCACAGAGCUGUUCGAACCCAGAAGGGAGAGUCACUGUGAGGACAAGAAGCAGACGCUGCUGGCGUUGCUGGUCUUGGUGCUGUACGUGGGCACCGGGAUAUCAGGAAGAAGCUGGGAGGUGUCAGAAAGGAUCAGAGAAUGUAAAUACCCCCAGAAUCCGGUGGCUUCCCAGGGGUCUGAGUACAAGACCAAUGAUCCCUCCAAACAGCCGAUCAAGGUCAUCAGGAUUUGGUUGAAGGAGAACUUGCAAGUUUUCUUAGAAAAGCUUGAGAAAGAGGUGCGCGAUCUGGAGCAGCUGGUACGGGACCUGGAAGAGUGGCUGGAUGUCCUUCUGGGAGAGGGGCACCCCGAGGCAGCCUGCUCCACCUUCAGAAAUCACCUGUGA